AACUCUAGAGAUAGAAAGAAAGAAAGGAAGGAAGGAAAGAAAGAAAGAGAGAGAGAGAGAGACAUUGGGUUCUCUGAGUCGGAUCAACCGAGUUGCGUGACCGAAUCAACAUAGGAGACACAACUAUAACAAGGCUAAGGCUAAAAUCACCCCCAAACAAUAAGGGGAAAAAAAAAAAAAACAGAGGGUGCGGUGUGGCAAUAGCCAAAAGAUGGAGAACGAGGGGAUUAUUACUCCUCAUCUAUGCCUUUACCUCUCUCAUCCUCAUCAUUGUAGUUAUCCUUCCUUCUCUAACCCUAAUUCUAUCUAUCCAUCCAUCACUAAAUCUACAAAUAUAACCAAACGCCACCAUCAAAUCUUUGUUCCUCAAUUAUUCUCCUUUUCUUCUCUUCUCUGUCUCUCUGUCCUUCUCCUUUCUUCUUUCUGUUGUUUCUCUCUGCUUUUGUUUUCGCGUCUUGCUGAGGGUCUUUUCUCUCGCUUGUCUGCCACGAGGACCUUUGGGUGUCGAAUUUUCUUCAAGGACUUGUCGCUAUCAUAUGUCUUUGAUAUAGCAGUUUCGAGAGGAGCACAUGGUUUUUAUGGGUUAUCUUUAUCUCAUCAUCUGAGUGGAAGCAACUGGACUAUUGCAGAUUUUUCUUCAUGGAAGAGUUUGGUCUUGCUCGGUUUGAUAGCAUUGGAAGUGCUGUAAGAAAGAAAAGGAGUCAAACAUCUCGUAGGCCUAAGCCUGAUGCUCAGCUAGCAAUUGAAAGCUGUGAUCAUUCACCCUCAUCAACCACACCACCUUCAGAUGAUGUGAGCAAGGCAUCUAGUGAUGAGAAUGUUGAUACUAAUUCUAGGAGGAAAGAGUUCAAUCUUAAUCUAUGUAUGUCCAGGGUUUCUUCUGCUACUGAAGUCGAAGGUGAAAAGUCCCAUAUGAGGAAUAAGGAGAGCGGAGGAUUCAAUGCAUUUUACCGUAAUGAUACAGGACGAAGUGCAUUUAACAAUAAGCGCUCUAGUGAAGGUGUCCUUGCUCCUGCUAAUUGGAAAAACACAAGCAAGGUGAAGGAAUCCUUUGACUCGGAGUCAAGAAUGGCAAAUAUUUAUAGUGGAAGGAAUGGUGAAAGCCAGAGUUCAGAGCAUUCAGGUGUUAUUUUAGAUGCAUUAGUUAAUGACAACAAAGUUAAAAAAGUUAAGCUCAAGGUCGGUGGUGUCACACACACAAUUCAUGCCAACUCGCCGACUGAUGGUGCAUCUUCUGCUAAGAACUCUCGAUGUUCACAAACUUCCAGAUCUCAGCAGAAACAAAAUUUUCAGGGGAAUUUAGUGGAAGAGCAUUCCAAUUUAGAUAAGAGGACUGGUUUGCAAGGAGUGCCCUGGAAAGGUCUUUCUGCAGGUGGUUUUUGUCUUGGGAAAGACAGUACUUUUAUGGGAAAGUUGAAGAAUACCUCAGGAAAGCAAGGGGAGAGAGCUGAACCAGUUCGUAAGAGCAAGCGGGUCCCCAAGAGGCGUGUAUUGGAUGGAGAAAUUGGUGAAGACUAUGAGGAUGAUGAGAUUCGUUACCUGGAGAAACUGAGAACUCCAAAGAUUGCUGGAGAAUAUAAAGAUAACGAAGAAUUCAGCAAGAAACAGCGAAAGCUGUCUAGCAUGGACAAAAUGGGUGCUUCAAAGUUGGUGAAGGAUGGGAAGAAGAAGUGCACAUUAGACAGAGCAUCAGAGGACACAGAUUAUGAGGAAGAAGAUGAUCUGGCCUCUGAGGGUGAGCAUGAAGGUAAUACGAAGAAGAAGCAGAAAAAGGAAUCUAUUGAUACAUUGAUGGAUGGUAAGAGGGAGAUGACUCUAACCACACGCCAGCGGGCCCUUCAGUCAAGCAAAGAUGGCUCUACACCUGGUGCCAACUUAAUUGAGUUUCCAAAUGGAUUACCACCUGCAGCACCAAGAAAGCAAAAGGAGAAACUUUCUGAAGUGGAGCAGCAACUAAAGAAAGCUGAGGCUGCUCAGAGACGUAGAAUGCAAGUUGAGAAGGCUGCAAGGGAAUCUGAGGCUGAGGCUAUUAGAAAGAUACUUGGUCAAGAUUCCAGCAGGAAGAAGCGAGAAGACAAAAUAAAGAAGCGCCAGGAAGAAUUAGCACAGGAGAAGGCUGCUAAUGCGUUGAUGCUUGCAUCAAACACUAUCAGAUGGGUCAUGGGCCCAACUGGGACUGUCGUAACAUUCCCCAAGGAGAUGGGUUUCCCUAGUAUUUUUGACUCUAAAGCUUGCAGCUAUCCUCCUCCACGGGAGAAGUGUGCAGGCCCUUCCUGUACUAACCCUUACAAGUAUAGAGAUUCUAAGUCGAAGCUUCCGCUUUGCAGCCUACAAUGCUACAAGGCGAUUCAGGAACAGAUGCAAACUGAAGCUAGCUGCUGAUUUUGUGUGAAAUCUUGCUCUAGCUAUGAUACCUGAAGAUAUUUUUGAACAGCUAUGUUAAUUUUUCCUUUAACUAUAGGCUAGUGAAGUAGCAUUUUUUGACUUAGUGUAGAUGGAUUGCACAAGGAUGCUUUAUUUACAGCUUGAAUAUAUAUAAAUGAAAAUUUACCUUAA